AUGGGUGCGGAUAAGCCCAAUGGGGUUGUGAACUAUAGCAGAAGGCCUCCCAAGAGACCAUUUAUCCAGAACGUCCAGUACUCCAUAUGGAAUCCGGAAGAUAGAACCUUCUUAGGGCGUACUCCCAAAAGAUGGGGCGUGAUCGGGUUGAUAUACCUGGUGAUGUACAUCUGUAUUAUCAUCUUUUUCUCUAUAUGUAUGUGCGGGCUGAUGGCCACCAUGGAUGAGAGGGUGCCGUAUUUCACUCUCGCCGACUCCAUCAUUGGUGAUAAUCCCGGUAUGGGUCACAGGCCGCUGGUGUUCGAGCAGGGGGCACUGAUCUGGUACCACCCCUCCAACAGUACACAAGUCAAGAAGUACGUCGACAAUAUCAACCAGUUUCUCGCACCUUACGAGAACAAAAGCCUCCUGGUGAACGGUGGUGUGAACCAGAAGGAAUGCGGCAACGUAAAGCCGCCGCGGGACGUUGUAUGCUCUUUCGACCUCAGCCAGCUCGGGCCCUGCUCCCGGGAGAACGACUAUGGCUUUACCAACGCCACUCCUUGCAUCAUCAUCAAACUGAACAGGUUGUAUGCAUGGCAUCCACAUUUCUACGACGAUCCUGGAGACCUGCCGUCAAAUAUGCCACCUGACAUCAAAGAAUAUAUCAAUUCAACCACAACGCUACAAGAACGUCAGAAAGUGUGGUUGUCGUGCAUGGGCGAGCGGCCCGCCGACGUGGAGGCGCUGGGUCCUCUGAAAUACUGGCCGUACCCUGGCCUGUCGGAGGUGUACUACCCGUACGACAACACCGCGGGGUAUCUCAGCCCGCUUGUAGCUGUGCAGCUGUUGAAGCCCAAGUGGCAUCAAAUCAUCAAUAUACGUUGCCGUGCUUGGGCCCGUAACGUGCGCUACACAGACAGUCUGAAAGAUCGUCUCGGGUCCACUCACUUAGAGAUAAUGAUCGACUAG